CCCUGCAUGCUCAAACAAACGGAUUCACCGCUUUAUUUGCGAUGUGUUCUCUGUUUGCAGAGGUGUCUCUCUGUGUCCGUCUGUAACAGAUCUCACCAAUCUCUCUCUCUCUACACUCUCAGAUUCUCUCUCUCUACUCUCACUCUCACUCUCUUGUUUUUCUCACUACCCUCUUGCUGCUGAACUCUCUUUCUCUCUCUCUUCUCUCUCUCUCUCUCUCUCUAACCUUCUCUCUCACUCUAAAGGUGGUUGGUUUGAAGGGGAAGAGGCCUCGUGAAGUUCAUGUGAAGCUCGGUGGGAGAUCUGGGUGGGGGACUUAAUGUGCAAACGGGUCACUGGCUUUUCUGAUUUCAGCUGUGUUUUUUGGUGGCUGUUUCUGCUUCUUUGGGGUUCCAUUUGGGUGAAAUGCUUUCAAGAUUAUGUCUUUAAUGCUGUUUUGAUGAGCUGAGGGGAUCACUGUGUCGUUCUUCGCGUUGUUGCGGUUGGGUCCAUUGCCUUUCAGUGAGAAAUUAUGUGUUUUGAGGGGUUUGUUGUGUGUGGAGCGGAUGGCGGAGGGAUCAUUAGAAAUGGUGUCGUUUAAUUUGAAAUCGAAUGUUGUUGUCUUGUUGGAGGAUCUUUGAUUGCUUGAGUUUUGGCGGCUUUGCCGAACGACCAGUGGGGGGAUAGCAUUGGGGGUCAUUGAGGGAAUUUUGUUGCUUUUAUGCUGCCGUUGUUCCGGAGAUUCAGGUGUUACUAAGUAAUCAUGCGAACGUGUUUGUUUCAUUAAUUCAAAAGAGAUUCUGCCAUUGGACACGUUGACGGUCUGAUCAUGACCAGGGCUGUUCGCAAUAGGAUACUCAAGGAUGCGAAUGGUGAUACUAGUGAUCAUCUGCGCAACCACAUUCAUUUGACAAAUUGCAUUCACUUGAAGAACCAUAUGCACAAGCAAAGCCCCAUAUUGGCGGACAGGUCACUUAUGAGGGACCUUGUCGUCCUUCAGAGGUCGCGAUCUCUCAGGGACCCUUCUGCCAGUCCGCCCUCAUGGCAUUCGCCUUCCAUUCUUGAUAUGCUUUCCAGAAGAGGUGAAAAUGAUGCCUUGGUGCGUGAGGGGAGAAGGUCAGUAGGAAGUGAGUAUCGAAGGGAUGCCAGGAGGCUAUCAGCAGGUUCUCCACCUUUGGCAAGUUUAGCGACACCAAAAGUUGCUCAACGUGAGGCUAAUGCGGGAAAUGAUGGUGUGGCCGGAACCAGUGAACAUGGAAGCAAGAGUGGAGUUAGGGAUGGUGGGAAAAUUAGGAGAGAAGAAUCUAGUCAGAAGAGUAAUAGAAGUGAAAGUUUGGGUGGCAAUGAGGAGCCUCCGCUAGACCAGAAUGGUAACGAUUUGACUCAUGACGCUCUUUCUGGGAAUUCAGAAUCCAAAAUUAGAAGAAGUAAACAAAAGGGAAAGCACACCCAAGGUGCUCAAAUGAAGACUCUCUCAGAGCAAUUGAAUGAUGUUAGGAUGGAUACUGAUGAUGUAGCGUCCUCUAAUAUCCACCUGCCUGGAAGACGGUCCAGGCAGGGAAGAAUCUCUGAGGAACAGGAGGUCAGCGCUCGGGGCUAUUGCAGCGGACUAAGUAGGGUAAAAAGGCGGAGAUUUCGAGGUGCAAGAAGAAGCCGUGCUUCUGUAGCGUCCAGAGACUUUGGAGCUCAGCAUGGUUUAUCUGUAGCUUCUAAUUCUAUAGCUCAAGGGUCAGCUCACCGAAAGUAUCACAUGGAACAGGGAGCGGAUGAGUAUGGUGAGCAAAAUGUCACAAGGGCUCCUAGAAACGGGUGUGGGAUUCCCUGGAAUUGGUCGAGAAUCCAUCAUAGAGGUAAAACAUUCCUUGACAUUGCUGGAAGGAGCAUUUCUUGUGGUUUAUCUGAUUCAAGGUUUAAGAAGGGUGAUCUGGCUGCCCAUGGUAGAGAUAUUUCUGACAUGCCCAUGGCAACUGAUAACUCGAGCGUUUCUACUAAAUCUGAACCUGAGGCACUUCCUUUACUAGUUGAAGCAUCUGGAUCACAGGCAAGCUCUGACAAUGCUGGUUGGGUACAUGACUAUUCUGGUGAACUUGGUAUUUAUGCAGAUAAUUUAUUCAAGCAUGAUGUCGGUUCCGACUAUGCUUCUGAAGCUAGAUCUGGUGAUCAACGCAAAUUGAGGGGACACCGCCGUCGUAGGCACCAAAAUCUGACGCAAAAAUACAUGCCGAGAACCUUUAGAGAUCUUGUGGGGCAGAAUUUGGUGGCACAAGCUCUUUCAAAUGCUGUCAUGAAAAAGAAAGUUGGGUUGCUAUACGUGUUCUAUGGUCCUCAUGGCACAGGGAAAACAUCAUGUGCUCGCAUAUUUUCUAGAGCUCUAAAUUGCCAGUCUCUGGAUCAUCCCAAGCCUUGUGGCUUUUGCAAUUCUUGCAUUGCACAUGAUAUGGGCAACAGUAGAAAUAUAAAGGAAGUUGGGCCUGUUAGUAACUUCGACUUCGAUAGCAUUAUGGACCUACUUGACAAUAUGAGUAUUUCCCAACUGCCAUCACAGUGCAGAGUGUUUAUCUUUGAUGAUUGUGAAACAUUGUCCCCUGAGUGCUGGAGUGCCUUAUCGAAGGUCAUUGAUCGAGCACCCAGACAUGUGGUUUUUGUCCUUGUCUGUUCAAGUCUUGAUGUUUUGCCUCACAUAAUCAUAUCCAGGUGUCAAAAGUUCUUUUUCCCUAAGCUAAAGGAUGCAGAUAUUAUUUACAGUUUGCAAUGGAUAGCAGCCAAAGAAGAUAUAGAAAUUGACAAGGAUGCACUGAAACUUAUUUCGUCAAGGUCGGAUGGUUCAUUGAGGGAUGCUGAGAUGACUCUAGAGCAACUGAGUUUGCUUGGCCAGAGAAUCUCAGUUCCUCUUGUUCAGGAACUGGUUGGGCUUAUAUCUGAUGAGAAAUUGAUAGAUCUUCUUGAUUUAGCAUUAUCUGCAGACACAGUUAAUACUGUGAAGAAUUUGAGAAUGAUAAUGGAAACUGGAGUUGAGCCAUUAACUUUGAUGUCACAACUUGCAACAGUAAUUACAGAUAUACUUGCUGGCAGCUAUGAUUAUAGAAAAGAAAGGCGUAGAAGGAAGUUCUUUCGGAACCAACCAUUAUCAAAAGAAGACAUGGAGAAGUUGCGUCAAGCUUUGAAAACUUUAUCUGAGGCCGAGAAACAAUUGAGGAUGUCAAAUGACAAGUUAACAUGGCUAACCGCUGCACUUCUCCAACUUGCUCCUGAUCAACAGUAUAUGUUGCCUAGUUCUUCUGGAGGCACAAGUUUCCAUCAGAGUCCGUUGGCCUUAAAUAAUGUGAGCGCAAGGGAUGCGGUCAGGAGAGAUAGUGAACAAGAUGAGAUGCCAAAUUAUGAGAAAGGCUUGCCAGCAAAUGCUCGAAAUUCUGUAAGUUCUGGAAAAGGUAUGAGUUUAGAUAGAAAACGUCAUGCUGGGAUGGCUAUGGCUUCUCAGCAGAUGGCUACAAGCUCCGCUGAAAUAACCAGGGUAAAUGGGAGGCAAAUCCAUGGCAAAAGCCACAAAGGAAUUGAAGAAAUUUGGUUGGAGGUGCUUGAGAAAAUUCCGUAUAAUCGUGUAAAAGAAUUUUUGUACCAAGAAGGGAAGCUGACCUCGGUUAGUUUCGGUGCAGCACCCACUGCGCAGUUGAUGUUCUCUUCGCAUAUGACCAAAUCUACCGCAGAGAAGUUCAGAGCGCAGAUUUUGCAGGCAUUUGAGAUUGUUCUAGGGUCUCCCCUGACAAUUGAGAUUAGAUGUGAAUCAAAAAGAAAUAGUAAAGAAUGGGCCCAGAUGCCUAUUAUUAUACCAGCUUCAAAGGAUGGUUCAUCCCAGAUUAGAGAUGAAAAUACGUUCAGCGCCCGUGAAGUGGGGACGAGUGAAAUUGUUGAAGUAGCUGCUUCUCCUAGGGAAAGCAAAGGUAGUGGUCAAAUGCAUAACCAAAAGAAACCAACCAUGGCGAUAAUUCCAGAAAAACAACAAAGCCAGAGUCAAAGCAUUGUUAGGAGCAAGGUGUCCCUUGCACAUGUACUUCAGCACUCGGAGUUGCAACGUGGAUGGUCACAACGUAAAGCAGUUUCUAUUGCUGAAAAGCUCGAACAAGAUAAUUUGAGACUGGAAUCUCGAUCGAGAAGUUUGCUUUGCUGGAAAGCGUCUAGAGUAACUCGUCGAAGGCUUUCGCGGUUGAAGAUAAGGGCACGAAGACCGCAUUCAUUGCUGAAGCUCGUGUCCUGCGGAAAGUGUCUCUCUUCAAGGUCACCAAGGGCAGUAUAAGAGAGACAGGUUUUGGCUAUAGCUUUAAGGGUUUUGUACAACCUCAUCUGUUAUUUAUUUCUUGUAUUUAGCCAAUUUCAUUCAGUUUACUAGCUCAAUUUAUAUCCUUUUACAUUGAAUAAAAAUGAUAUUUCAUGAAAA